AUGGGAGCACGUGAGUCCGCCUAUCGUUAUCGCGGACUCGUUCAUCUUCAUCUUCAGGGUCGAUUCAGUCGACCACUACUGGGCAAGAUGAAUCUCCAACACCUGCGAGCUCUACCAAGGGCCUCUACGAGCGCUUCUUUAGCACUACGCCCCUUUCCGCGAUCCGAAAUAAGUCGACUAUACGCCACACAGAGCAACUCGGGUAGCACAACGAAGAAACGGAGGAACAUCACAGUAUUGUCCGACGAUGGACGAUAUGAGUGGGGCGAGUUGAGCGGAGGAGAAAAGGUCUCGCGAGCUACACAGCAGUCCUUCAAUUUUCUUGUCGUGAUAGCUGGUGUUGUGUUGACGGGUGGUGUUUUCACACUUUUAUGGCAAGACGUCUUUUCGCCAAACAGUCGGACAUGGCAAUUUGAGAAGGCUGUUGAUCGCAUCAAGGAUGAUGCGCGGUGCACAAAGCUCCUCGGUGAUCGACGAGAAAUCAAAGCGUUUGGAGAGAAUACUUCAAGCAAGUGGGCGCGGCACCGUCCCAUUGCGACAUCUGUCGAGAAGGAUCGCCUGGGUCGUGACCAUCUCCGCAUGAACUUUCACGUUGAGGGUCCCCUAAACUCAGGCACUGUCUUCGUGCACAUGAUGAAGCCUUUGGAUAAAAGUGAUUUCGAAUACCAACUCCUUGCCUUGGAUGUAAAGGGUCACUCCCGGGUUGUACUGGAGAAGGCCGUGGAGAAGCCUAGUGUGGCUAGCUCGUUGAAGCUUUUCGGCAUUCAGUGGCGGUAA